AUGCCAAACGAAAAUAAGUAUAAUACGAGAUCACGUAGUAAACACCGUGAGGAUCAAGACGAAUCAUUAGAUAACCUUGAUUGGCAAAAUAUCGACCCUAAAAAUUUAACAUCGGAUCAACGUAAAUUUUUAAACUUACCAAGUGCGGGCGCAAAACUAGAUAAAGAUAUUCCGGCGGAUACAAACCAAACGCGUCAAAAUUUCGAGGAAAAACAAAGAGAAUUCGAUCGAUUACGUCACGAAGAGGAACGUAGACAACGCGAAGAGGAACGGUUGCGUCGCGAACAAGAGGAUCAGCAACGCGAAGAGGACCGGUUACGUCGCGAACAAGAGGAUCGUCAACGCGAAGAGGACCAGUUACGUCGCGAACAAGAGGAUCGUCAACGCGAAGCGGGACAACAGGAAAACGCGGAUUUAAAUCGAGAAAUUGUGAACUUAAACCGUGAAUUAGUCCCUAAUAUGCAACCUAUAAAUGUAAUAAUGUCACCAUCCAUUAAAUAUGCCGUGGAAGCAGUUCCUUAUUUUACCGGUGAAAAUAUUCCCUUGUCGCAUUUUAUCGAUGGCUGUAACGAAGCCCAUGCUAUGAUUCCAGCAAACGAGGAACAAAAUCUUGUUUUUAUGUUAAGAAAUAAAUUACGUGGCGAAGCGCGUAGAACGAUACAGGGAUUACAAUUUGAAACUAUUAACGACUUCUUAUCUCAUCUUAAAGAAUUAUAUGAGCCACCCAAGUCACUUUAUCAAUUACAAGGGGAAAUGGGGAGAAUAUUUCAACGCGAUGACGAAAGUACUCUAUCGUAUACUAACCGAGCUCGUGAGUUAGGUAACCAAAUAUUGGAUGUAAUAGAAGCCCAAUUACCUGUCGGUCAAGCACUUUCUGAUGCGGACAAAGCAAGAUACGGAAACGAAUUUAAAAGUUGUUUAAUAAGAGGACUUAAACCCGAGAUCGAGCAAAAAAUUUCAAGAGAUAAAAAUUUCCAAAAUACAUUAUUUGAAGCGGUAGUGAUCGAAAAAGAAUUACGUGCUAAAGAUUUACUCAGAGGAAAAAUAUCAUCUAAAAGAGAUAUAAAUUAUUCAAAUAGGGCGUAUACUUAUGACGUCCCAAAUAAUCGGGAGGGGAGAAGAGUCACAGUCGUACAAGGUCAACCAAUAGUAUGUCAAAUUUGUAAUAAGGCGGGCCAUAGUGCUCUAGCCUGCUACCAACUUGAGUUUAAUCGUAAUAAAAGUAAUCAAGAGCGUUUUUCAUCUAAUAUUGAUAAUAAUGGUAGCCGAUACAACAGUAACAAUAAUAAUAAUAAUAGCCGAUUCCGUGGCAGUGAUCAAAUUAAUAGUCGAUUUAACAAUCGUUACAGGGAUAAUAAUCAACCCAAUUACAAUCGUUAUAAUGAUAAUAAUACCGAUCGCCGUGAUAAUUCACAUAUUGCUAAUUAUCGAAAUAACAAUCAGUAUAACGGCAAUAAUGAUGGUAACAUGGAUAGUAGUUCUCGAAAUGCUUUCAAUAAUCCAUCAUUUUCACGAGAACCGGUAAAUGGAAAUAUCGAUGAAAAAAUUUGUUAUUACUGUAAAUCUCCGGGACAUUUUAUGGCAGACUGCACAAAAAGAAGAAAUUACAACCAAGCGUUUACCGAUAGACCGCCAGGUCCUUCUAGCGACGGAAGAGCUCGUAUAAACGAAGAAAGGUCGGGAAACUACACACCACCCCCGCGUCAGGGCGCGACACGGGAGGUCGGAAGAUCAGAGCGUCCAGUAUUACAGGUAGUUGCCGAGGAAAUGGAACCGGAGGAGAACACGGAGAUGUUCCAGUGGCAGUAG